GGGACAGGGGCUUGUUUGCAGUCUGAGAAUCUGGAGUGUUCAACCUUUACAGCCAAAAAGUCCUGUGGAAAUUAAAUUCCUUCAACCCUCUGAGGCUCAGAGAAGUGAAGUGACUCACCCCACAUCACACAGUGAGUGAGCUUCAGGGAGAGAAAAGACUAGAACCCAGGUCUCUGGAUUCCCAGUUUGGCGCUCUUCUCAUGCCUCUUAAUAAAUUCACUCUUCUGAUGGACUUGGGGAAAGGGGUGGAGGAAAAGUGAAGCGAGAAAGGCCCACGUGAAAAGUAGGAGGUAUGGUUGAGUUUAGAACCCUCUGCGCCCUGUUGGGCAGCUUGAAGGAGGGCAGUGUGCACUGGGAGCAAGGGAGCUCAGCCUGACCUGUAUUGACAAGACUCUUCUCAAGCCGUGGCCAGGCUCCAGAAGCCCCAAGUUCUAGUUCCAGCUCUGCCCUGGCCUCACUGUGGCAACCUGGGCUGGGGGCAAACCUCUGGCCUAGGCUCCUCUUCUGGGAGGACAGGACCAGACAGGGUGCCAUGCCUGUUGCAAGACGUGACUUGACAAAGCUCUGUACAUAAAAUGAAGCAUACUCGUUUCUAUUAGCAUUAGGGGUGCUACCGGCAUGCCCCCAACUCCUGAAAUCUUUCUGUUCUUUUCCCACUCCUCUCUGUAAUUCACAUCAUGCGUCACUCUCUCUGGUCCUUCUGACAUAAAGUUUAUAGAAAGUUUAUUACCAGAUGUAGAAGUAAUAAAGAAAAUUCCAGAAAUUAAGGUAUGAUGCAGAAUCACACUCCAAAGUAUUAAGUACAAAUCACACCCGGUUAUUUACUUAUACAAACAUACACAUACAUUCUGUAUGGGUCCUGGGACAGGUGCGGAGAUAUAUUUUCCUCUUCUCCCCAGAAAUGUCAUCGGCUGACACACUCUUGAGGAACUGCUAGCAAACACCCGAGCACAGCAAGAAGCUUUGACCUGCAGAAGUCAGAGGCCAUGCUCCGGAAGCAUGUGGAGUUCCGAAAGCAAAAGGACAUUGACAGCAUCAUCAGUUGGCAACCUCCAGAGGUAAUCCAACAGUAUCUGUCAGGGGGUAUGUGUGGCUAUGACCUGGAUGGCUGCCCAGUCUGGUACGAUAUCAUCGGACCUCUGGAUGCCAAGGGACUGCUGUUCUCAGCCACCAAACAGGACCUGCUCAGGACCAAGAUGCGGGACUGUGAGCUGCUUCUGCAGGAAUGUGGCCGACAAACAACAAAGGUGGGGAAGAAGAUAGAGACCAUCACCAUGAUUUAUGACUGCGAGGGGCUUGGCCUCAAGCAUCUCUGGAAGCCUGCUGUGGAGGCCUACGGAGAGUUUCUCUGCAUGUUUGAGGAAAAUUAUCCCGAAACACUGAAGCGUCUUUUUGUUGUUAAAGCCCCCAAGCUGUUUCCUGUGGCUUAUAACCUCAUCAAACCCUUCCUGAGUGAGGACACUCGUAAGAAGAUCAUGGUUCUGGGAGCAAACUGGAAGGAGGUUUUACUGAAACAUAUUAGCCCUGAGCAGCUGCCUGUGGAGUAUGGGGGCACCAUGACUGACCCUGACGGAAACCCCAAGUGCAAAUCCAAGAUCAACUACGGGGGUGACAUCCCCAAGAAGUACUACGUGCGAGACCAGGUGAAACAGCAGUAUGAACACUGUGUGCAGAUUGCCCGUGGCUCCUCUCACCAAGUGGAGUAUGAGAUCCUCUUCCCUGGCUGUGUCCUCAGGUGGCAGUUCGCAUCGGAUGGGGCAGACAUCGGCUUUGGGAUUUUCCUGAAGACCAAGAUGGGGGAGCGGCAGCGGGCAGGGGAGAUGACAGAGGUGUUGUCUAACCAGAGGUACAAUGCCCACAUGGUGCCAGAGGACGGGACUCUCACCUGCAGCGAUCCUGGCAUCUAUGUCUUGCGGUUUGACAACACCUACAGCUUCAUUCAUGCCAAGAAGGUCAGUUUCACUGUGGAGGUCCUGCUUCCAGACAAAGCCUCAGAAGAAAAGAUGAAACAGCUGGGGGCAGCCACCCCAAAGUAACACCUCCUCCCAUAGCAGGCCUGGCCCCCUCAGUGUCUCCCUGUCAAUUUCCACCUCUAGUGGCAGUCAUUUUCCUAGCACUCUGCAGCCCAAAGAAACUGGGCUGGAGGUUAAGAUCCUAGGCUGGAUCUGAGGAGCUUUCAUUUCAGAAUUAGGGAGAGAAAGAGUUGCUGGAGUGGAUCUCUUGCUUCCGAAAUUACUGAGGAGUCCCAGGGGCUGGGCACCGUGAUAGGAUCUAUUGAUCUCAUACGCUGUGCCAACUUAACCUGUCCAGUGACAGCUAAGACAGGGAGAGGGGACCUUGGGGUGACAGCAGGGAAGAAAUUAGAAAAAGGGGAGCGAUUGAGACCUAGUAUUUCAGGGAAGCCAGCUCUAGGGGAGGAACUUGCUCCCACAUGAACAAGUAAGUCUAGAUCACAAUGAGGAGUAGCAAGUUAGCCAGUUGCUAGAAUUAUGGUGGUGAUCAGAGCCUUCCAGACUUUCCAUCACUGAGGCCUAGGUAGCUUUGGGCUUUUCUUAGAUCUUGGGAGGUGGCCUGAGUCGGCAUAGAUCUUCCCACUCAAGGGUAGAUAAGCAGGCCUCUCCCCCAUCCUCAGAAGUUCAGCAACUCCUGGGUGCCACUGUAAUUACUCGUGAUUGUCAGUGACUCAGCUUCCUGAAACAGUGAGCUUAGGUACCAGCCGCUGUCCUCCAGUGCAAAUAAAGCACAAGGGAAAUUACCUCUAGGAAUCCCAGCCCAGUGAAAAGCCAGGGAGGCUGGGGUGGGAAUGAGCCCUGGGCCUUUCAUUCUCCUUUCACUGCCGCUGGCCUCUCACCAAGUAACCCUCCUGCUGAGCACCCCAGACAAAAAUGACACGUGGGAUCAUAACAACAGCACACAGAGAGGGCAUUUCCCAGUCUGAGUCUUCCUCCGGGUCGCCAACCCGCUUCCUGACCUGAGCGGGGUCUUGGCAGUCCCAUUUCUGGGAAACGCAGGGCAGGAAGCCAACGGCCGGGCCAGCAUCUUACAGAACCAGGGGCUGGUGCAGCACCAGGCCGCUUCGCAGGCCCCCAGCUCCUCCGUCCGCGGGGCCUCCAAGCAGGGACGGGCCAUGGGGACGGUCGGCGACUGUCCGGGGGCUGGAGGACACUGGCCCUUCGGGCAACCACAGCACUUAACCCAGACCACGCCCUUCUGCGGAUGAACGCCAGGUCCUGGGCUGCCUAGAACAUGGGACGGCGUCCCGGCCCGUCGCGGGAACGCCUGUCCCUCAGAAACCCAGGCCUUGGCCCAGCUUGGGGAGCUUGACUGGGCAGGGCUGAUGCGGACGAGCCAUGGCCUCAGCCAGAUUCCUCAGGAGGACAUCCCGACCUUGGUUUACAACAUUCUGUUAGGAAAAUUAACCAAUGAAUAAAGCAACGUUCAG